CCUUGUCUCGAUAUUUUAAUCCCAUCUUGUGGAAAUCGUUUCGUCUCUGUCUGUUUUGGGGGAAGUGAAGAAAUAAACAGAAUUAUUUUCCAUAGCAGAACCAGAACCAGAACCAGAAGCUCGAAAACCCUAGACCUCCCUCUUCGUCUUGUUUAAGAGCGGCUGAUUUUCUCGAGAAAGUGUUUUUCCCAGAAAAUGGAGGCAGUUGGGAACCAACCGAGAACCCGUAGUGGUUCUACUGCACCGAAUUCUCACAACACAGACACUAAGCCCCUUAAAGAAGCUUCAGAAACCUCUAUUUCUGCUGAUUCUCGUGAUUUCCGUGGGAUUACACAAAAAAAUGGAGUUAGGGUUUCUGUUAAUGGAAAGGACGUUACAGCUGGUGGAUAUUUGGAAGACUCUGAGAUGAAAGGAGUUUCUUCUUUGUUGAAGAUGCGAGGGCAUCAAGAAGAAGGUCGACGCAGUGGUGAAAAUGGUUGUGCUAUGGACAAGAAUGAUGAGAGUAAAGUAACCGGUGGUGAUGGUUUCCCUGGAGAGGGCGACGUUUCCAUUGUUGUUUCUCGGGCACAAGUUGGUGUAGAAGAAAGAAGAGGUUGUGGUGAAAGAGAGAAUAGUGAGGAUUAUUUCAACGCAAAAGAGAAUUUUGAGGAGAUGAGUGAGGGUGAUGAUGAAGAUGGAGAGGAAAUUGAUGAUGAUGAUUAUGACGAAGAUGAUGGUGGAGUGGAUAAAUUUAAAGUGGGUGAUUUUGUUUGGGGCAAAAUUAGGAGCCAUCCUUGGUGGCCCGGGCGGAUAUAUGAUGCAUCUGAUGCCUCGGAUUAUGCAUUGAAGAUGCAACGGAGGAACAAGAUUCUGGUGGCGUACUUUGGAGAUGGCACAUUUGCUUGGUGUAAGCCCUCUCAGUUGAAGCCCUUUGAUGAGGAAUUUGAGAAGAUAUCAAGGCAGAGUAGCUCUAAGAACUUCAUUCACGCGGUAGAGGUGGCACUGGAUGAAAUUGGCCAGCUUGUGGAGUUGAAGCUUGUUUCUUAUUUGAUGAAAGAAGGGUAUUCCGGGGGCUGUGAUAGACCAUUGGCAGUGAAUUCUGGAAUCAAAGAAGGAGUUUUUGUGCCUGAAGGUGGAAUUGAGAAGUUUAUAACUGAUUUUCUUGAACCGGCAGAAUUUCUUAUGCAAUUGAAAUUAAUUGCACGGGUUGGUAAUGCGAAAAGUAUGCUUGAGUUCACUGUCUUUAAAAGUUGGCUCUCUGCUUUUUAUGGUGAAAAGGGGUUUUGCCAAUGCCCAGUUUUCCGAGAGCCGCAGCUAAUUCCAGGCCUUGAAGAUAACAUGAAGAAUACGGAAGUCGGCAUGAUUAAUGACAGUGAAUUUCAAGUGUGCAUCCCAGGGCCUGUUGAACAAGACUUGCUUACUUUGCCUGGGGGCACAAGAUUUGGUCAAACCAACCAAACCUUGUUGCAAAAGUGCCCAGGGGUUUCAGAGGGUCAGCUGUAUCAUAGAAGGAAGCAGAAAAGUAUAGCUGAAAUCAUAGGCAUGAAUGUUGAGGUUGAAGAUGAGGAAAGAGAAUUGGCUAAAGAGAAAACAAACUCGAACAAACUGGCAUCAACUUCCAAGAUGAAGAAGAGGAAAGACAGCGUUGAGGCUGAUGGAGAUGAUGCCAAUGAUUCAGCUUCUGUGCGAAAGAGGAAGAGGAAAGCUACAAAGCUUUCAGAAUCUCUUUUAGCUACAGAGAGCAAAGUGUCUAACAUUGAUCAUGAUGGUAGUGGAAGCAAUGAGGGAACUGUAAAUCCUUCUUUGUCGACUGGAACUGGAAGAAAGAAGAAAUCCAGAUCUAAAAUUGACUAUGACGGUGGUGGGAGUAAAGAAGAAACUAAUGUCAAUCACAUCUCUACUGAGGACAAAACAAGUGGAGGUUUAGGUGUUGCAAGUUAUCAUGCCAAGGCCAAGGAAGAAAUUGAGAUGGAAUCUUCACCAAGAGAAAGGAAGAAAAGCAGGUAUCUAUCCCCUCCUUACACAAAUCUUAAUCAGGGUCAAAGAAAGAAAGGCAGAGAAGCAGAAUCCUUAAAAGUCUCUGAGGAGGAAGUGGGUGAGCGAAUGAAUAGAGUUGCCACCCAUCUUAUUGGGUUCCCCACCAUUAAGAAGUGUAGUGGUGACGAUCAGGAAAACCUGUUUAAAGGCGUUGAUAUUGCAACUCCUCAGUCAUCGAAUCAGGAUCAGUGCAAUAUCAUUGAUCCAAUGAGCAUGAACGUAUCUGCUAAUGAAGUUCUAUCUGGAAUCCAGUCCACUGCUCUUUGUCCUCAAUAUCUGAAGGAAAAUAAGUUUGUAGACUCGGACAUGGUUUACCAAUUCUUUUAUGCAUUCAGAAGCUCAGUUUAUCAUGAUGGAUCCAACUACCAUGAUUACAACUAUCUACAACCAGGUAUUAAGAGAAAAGCUCAAGACAGUGGGGCUGAUACACCUGGAAAAGACCAAAAUGAGAGCGAUCUCAGUUCCCCUGAACGUGAAUGCCAGCAUAAGAAGAUCAAAAGGACUGAAGAUGCAAAGUCAAAGCCUAGGAACAAACCAGCUGCCAGCUUAGCAGAUGUUGAGAGGAAUGAGAAGGAAAGUGAUGUGAAAGCUUCAAUUGCUGUGCUGUUUGUGACAUUUGGCGAAGGAUCCUCUUUACCAUCAAAGAAUGACCUUAUUAGUAUAUAUAGCAAGUUUGGGGCCCUGAAUAAAGAGUUAACGGAUGUGCUGUGUGAUAAUUUUUGUGCUCGGGUUGUAUUUGUGAACGCCUCUGAUGCUGAAGCAGCCCUCAGCAGUUCUCAGUUGGUCAGCCCCUUUGGAGCUGACACAGGCACUUUCCAGCUGUGCUAUCUCUCGCCUGAUGUGGACGAGAAAGGUGCUCGUGAAGCAGAUGUGAAGACAAAGGAGAAGGAAUUUGAUGUGGACAAACAAUCUUCUAAUUUAGCAGAUACGAGGACUAGUGAGAAACCCCGUGAGGAGGAUUCUGGAGCUGCUCUUUUUGUGACAUUUGGCCCUGGGUCUUCUAUACCUUCUAAGAAUGAUCUUGUCAACAUAUAUAGCAAGUACGGGGUUCUGACUGAAGGUGAAACGGAUAUGUUUUACCAGAAUUUCUGUGCAAGGAUCGUCUUUGUGAGAACCUCAGAUGGGGAGGCAGCAUUUAACAGUUCUCAAUUGGUCAGUCCUUUUGGAUCUUCAAGGGCCACUUUCCGGCUUCGCUAUCUCUCUUCGGCAUCUAGGGCUAAGGAACUCAUGGAGAUACCAAGUGCAAAAAUUUCUCCUUCACCCAAAAAGGAGGUCAAGACCCAGGACAAGGCAACAGCUCCACAGUUAUCAGUUAACGAGGGGUUGCAGUUGAAUUAUAUCAGGCAGAAACUUCAGUUGAUGACCUCAAUACUGGAGAAGUCAGAUGAAAGAUCAUAUCAGGAAACAAAAUCCAGAUUGAAGGGUGAGAUUAAAGGCCUCUUAGAGAAGGUGAGCGCAAUGGAGGGAUCUUCAUCAUCUUAACUUGGGCAUUUGAAAUUCUCAUCAGGUCUUUUAGUUUCCCUUUUAUAAAUAUCCAUCCUUGUGCAGUCGUAAAAAUAAUUUGUUUGACUUUAUCUAGGGUAUGUGAUUAUUUAGGGAAUGCUGUCAUAUGGAUAUGUUAGUUUUGUGUUGUAGCUUCUAUAUCAAGUUGCAUAUGCUUAUCCCUUAUAGAGAUCAACUAUACUCGUCCUGAACUAGUCAGUUAAAUAUAUGAAUGAAUAAAGAUAGUUUCAUUUAGGGGGGGAAAAUUACAAUGAUUUGUACAUGGUUUUGAGGAUGCAACUCUAGUAAAUUGAUGGAGUUUAAAUCUGUGUUUUCGA